GCGGUGACGUUGCGGGGGCCGGCGCGGGGCGCUGAUUCGGCCGGAGCUGCCAGCGGGGUGGUUGCUGCCGCGGGUUGUUACAGCUGCUGGAGCAGCACCGGCCCCGGCCCCGGGCACCCCUCCUGGGCCCUAGACGGCCGGCCCUGUACGCGGCAAGAGAGGGGCAGCAGGAUGAACGUGGGCACAGCGCACAGUGAGGUGAACCCCAACACGCGGGUGAUGAACAGCCGCGGCAUCUGGCUGUCCUACGUGCUGGCCAUCGGGCUUCUGCAUGUCGUGCUGCUCAGCAUCCCCUUCGUCAGCGUCCCUGUGGUCUGGACCCUCACCAACCUCAUCCACAACAUGGGCAUGUACAUCUUCUUGCACACGGUGAAGGGGACACCCUUCGAGACUCCGGACCAGGGCAAGGCGAGGUUGCUAACCCACUGGGAGCAGAUGGACUAUGGGGUCCAGUUCACAGCGUCUCGGAAGUUCUUAACCAUCACCCCCAUCGUGCUGUACUUCCUCACCAGCUUCUAUACCAAGUAUGACCAGAUCCAUUUCAUCCUCAACACCGUGUCCCUGAUGAGUGUGCUCAUCCCCAAGCUGCCCCAGCUCCAUGGCGUCCGGAUUUUUGGAAUCAAUAAGUACUGAGGGCACAGCCCCAUCCCCUGCCUGGCUGGCGGGGGAGGGUAGAAGCCUGUGCUGUGAUGCUGAAGACAGAUGGAGCCUCUGGAUCCUGCUAGAGAUGGGGGUCGAGCCUCUGGGCCCUAGUUUGCCCCCUCACUUCCCCUGGUAGCCGACUUGAAGUAGCUUGUAGUGGGGUUCAGGUGGGCCCCCCCAGGUCUCUGACCCUUUCUGAUAUUUUUGAUCUUUUCUUUUUGCCUUUUGGAUAGAGACUUCGUGGGGGCAGUCAUGGAAUGGGCUGGGCUUCCAGCUGAAUGCAGAUCUGUGAGGUUGGGACAAGAGAAACCCCUGCUCACUUGCUCAUCCUCAGACUGCUAAAGCACUUUAACCCCUGCAAGGGGAGCAGGGGGGACGGUACAGCUUCUAGAUGGUUUUACUUUAAUUCUUAAGUCUUUAGGAUGACACUCAGUGCGUGCUUGUACAUGUAAAAGCAAGCGCGUGAUGGUGCCCCAUCCCUCCGGGUGGAGAACUGUCUAUUGAGUCUUGUACUUUUGGCAGCUCCCCUACAACCCACCCUGGGUACUGGAUUGGAGUGGGGAGGGUCAGGAGAAGGCGGGUGGGGCUGGGUGUGGCUGGCCUGGUCCCAGAGGUGAGGGGCCCCUGGCCGCUCUCAUCUUAGCCCUGGUGGAGGUGGGGAGGGUGGUUGGGGCAGGGUGGGGAUGGUGAAUUGAGACUUGGAAGAAGGGGCCACAUAGCAGCAGAGACUGGUGUCAGGGAGGAGGAUGGGGAUAGAAGCCGGACCUAACCUUGGUCUUUGGGAAGUGGUCAGGUUGGGGGCAGGCUCAGAGAGUUAAUUUCCCCAUGGCCUGGUGGUGAUAAUAGGCUGGGAGGCUGUGGGGGGUCUAGAGCUCCUGAGUUAGCGUGAGGGGUGGGGAGGGGUGGAAGAGGCCUGUGAGUCAUGGGUCAGCACGGGUCCAGUUUGACACUGCCUUGUGCAGUGGUGUGAGGGGCAUGGGGGAACUGGGACAUGUGAGUGGUCGGGCCCUUUUGCAGCCUCCACCUCGUAACCUCCUCAUGCAGUACCUGUGGGGCUCUGGGGCCACCCCUGAAUGGGGUGGGCGGGCCACAGAGUGGUCCCUGCCCAAGCAGAAUAGCAGAAGGAGUCCGGAGUGACCCACGGGUGCUGUCUCCUCAGCCUGGGGGGUGGGAGAUGCGGGGCAGGAGCCUAAGUGUGGACUGGAGAGGAGCUGCCUUUCACCCUUUCCAAUCUGGCCAGGGUCUGUGUUACUUUUGAAAAGGAGUGGGUGCCCACGCCCCCGCCCAGGCCCCUGAGGGAGGAGGGAAGCUCAUUGGUCCCGUUUCCUGCCUCCUGGUUCCCCUGCUCCCCACCCCAUGUAUCAUAGGGAACUUUCACCUCAAAAUCUUUCUAAGCAAUGUGUGAAUAGGAUUUUUACUCCCUUUGUACAGUAUUCUGAGAAAUGCAAAUAAAGGACAAUGUGUUCCUGUU